AUGGGACACCCAACCGCAUUGCCAGCCUACAGGCCCGAGGACGAGGUUUCGCUCGAGGGGCUCCAGCACGACCACGAUGCCGUGCUGCACGAGAAGAAGGGCAGCACUUCCAUCGAUGGCGCCGACAUGACUCGCAUGGGCAAGGAACAAGAACUUCGAAGAAAUUUCAAGUUCGUCGGCAUUGUGGGCUUUGUCACCAUUUUGCAGGCCACAUGGGAGAACGUGCUGUUGUCGAACUACUUCGGUCUUCUGAACGGUGGAACGGCGGGCGUUAUAUGUGCAGAAAUGGCUUCAAUGGCACCGACUUCCGGCGGUCAAUACCACUGGGUCAGCGAGUUCGCUCCGCCCUCGUUGCAGAAGCCUCUCAGCUACGUCGUCGGCUGGUGUUGUUGUCUUGGCUGGAUCGCUGGUGUACCUUCAUGCUGUGUGCAGCUGGCCGGCAUGGUCACCACAAUGGUCCUUCUCGUCCACCCCAACGCAGAUGUGAACCAGCUGUGGCAAGCUACGUUGUUGCUUUUCUGCUUCAUCGUGAUGGCAGCGGCGUUCAACAUUUUCUUCGCCCAGCAUCUACCGCUUGCCGAGGGCAUCAUCCUCUUUGCUCACAUCUUCGGCUUCUUCGUCUUCCUGCUCGCGUUCUGGAUACUGGGUGAACACGCUCCAGCAUCGAGGGUUUUCGCCGAGUUCCAGUAA